UGGUGUUAUUUGCGUAUCAAAUUAUGAAAUUGUUAUCUAUAAAUAAUCGCUACCUUAUCCCCUGAUAGAAAUACAUAUAACAAAUAAAUUUGUUUGUAUUUAUCAACAUGUUAACAUAUUUGUGCAUGAUCAUAAUUAGUAUUUGUACGUGUAGCCGUAUAAGUUGUUAGUGUUCUCUCAUAUUAUUCAGAACCGUGCAAAUGACUUUCUAAAUGAUCGUUUAGCUGAAAGAUCAACUUUUGUAAUACGUUCAAUAAGUAAAUGACGAUCGAGUUCGAGAAAAUGAUGAAGAGAAAAGAUGAUGCCGGCGAAGAAUACGAACGUGUGUAACACACAUGACAAACUAGGUAUUAUAUGUUUUCUAUUACAGAUUGCAGUUUAAUAUAAUAACCAUUUUUGAGGUAAGAGACUGAUAAUAGGUUUGAGAAUACUAUUUUACUUAGAAUGAAAAAAUGAGUUUGCUUUCUAAAAGGUCAAUAGCCUACCAUAGAGCAAAAGUGACUAAUGAUCAUUUAAAAACUUUUAUGUUUAUAUAUUCCUGAUAAUUUAGUAUUUAAGCAUCAGAUAAGAAUCAAAAAGGACGUGCAGGCCUGCAUUGUUCUUCAAAUUCUACCAAGAAACAUAGUAUUUUUUUCUUAAAGGAACCUAUUAAUAAUUGCAAAUGGGCAUUAUGAUAUCAAAUUCCUAUGUUGACAUUUGGCAAUGGAACUUUUCAAAACUCCCUCCAUUGAUCUAUAAAAAGCCUGAGACUUUCUCCUUUUUCUUCAUCCUUAAACUCGGCUUAAUACUCAACAAAGAAGAGAGAAUGGCGCUAAAGAAUUUACUUGCCCUUGUGGCUCUUCUUGCCCUUGUUGGAGUUUCCAUUGCUAAGCCGUAUGGGAAUCCACUUGGAAACCCACGUGUGAAGGGUGAUCUUGACCUCGACUACUACCGCUUCAAGUGUCCACAAGUGGAAUCCAUUGUCCGCCGUGUCACAUUCCAGUACGUCUCUCGCAGGCCAACUCUUGCUGCUGCGCUCUUGAGGAUGCAUUUUCAUGACUGUUUUGUCAGAGGAUGUGAUGGCUCCGUUCUUCUGAAAUCACCAAACAAUGAUGCGGAAAGAGACGCUCCACCCAACUUGACAUUGAGAGGCUGGGAAGUGGUCGAUGCUGUCAAGUCAGUGCUCGAGAGGAAGUGUCCUGGUGUUGUUUCUUGCGCUGAUGUUCUUGCCUUGGUCGCUAGAGACGCUGUUGCAGUGAUCCGAGGACCAUGGUGGCCUGUUCCAUUGGGGCGUAGGGACGGACGCAUCUCGAGACUUUCCGAGGCUAACUUACCAUCUCCUUUUGCCGACGUAAAGACACUGAAGAAUAACUUCCGUGUCAAGGGUCUCAACAGUAAAGACCUAGUCGUCCUCUCAGGGGCUCACACCAUUGGUGUAUCUUCUUGCGGUCUCAUCAGCAGCCGUAUCCAUAACUUCACGGGCAGAGGAGACUUUGACCCAGCGAUGAACCCUAGCUACGUUAGGACAUUGAAGAAAAGGUGCAAGCCAACUGAUGUCAGGACACCAGUGGAUAUGGACCCAGGCAGUGCCAGGAGGUUUGACUCUCACUACUUCAACAUUGUGGCUCAGAAGAAGGGUUUGUUCAUAUCUGACUCAGCACUUCUCAAUGACUUUGUCACCAAGAGCUACAUUCAGACCCAGGUUGUGACUCGUGGUGCUUCCUUCGCAAAAGAUUUCUCUGACUCAAUGGUCAAACUUGGUUUCAUCCAAAUUCUUACUGGGAGGAAGGGGGAGAUCAGGAGGAAAUGCGCUUUCGUUAACUGAUGUUGGACCAUGAUUGAAGUUCUAAAGCGUUUUCUCUUUUUUUUCCACAGAAGUUCUUUUUAUUUGAAUUUCAAUAAUGUGUAACGAAUGUUAUCUACUGAGUAAAAUUCAUUGUUUGAGUGAAAUGUUUUCUUUUUAAUGUUUCUCUUUGAGUUUCAUAUUAAUAAGUAGUAGCGACAAGCUAUUCCAAAAUGGAUAACUAAAAUAUCUUUUCAUUAGAACCUACACUCUUAGUUAAGACUACACUUUAUUGUCAGACAAGUAACGGCAUAAAGACUAUAAAGCCAAAAAAAAAACAGAAUCAAUUAUAAACUUAUGAAAUGAUGAAAAAAACAUGUCUUUUCGAGAAGAUAGCAAAUGAUGACUGGUUUGGUCGUUCUAAAAUAAAUUCAACCUGUUUGAGUUUGAACCAUGAUUUCUAAUCUCUUUUAGAACACCCCUUUUCCAAAGAAAUAUUAGCUAAAUUAAAAUGUAUUUAUCAUCAAACAGAUUUUAAAAUGAUUGAUCUGCUUGAGUUUUUAAAUUUCUCUUUGAUUUUCAAAGAUUUAAACUUUUACGUAAUUUUUUUAUCAAAAACAAGAAUGUAGAUUUCGAAUAUAGUCCUUCAGGUUAAUUUUCGCAAGGUUCUAGGUUUUUUUUAGUAUUGAGGAGUUCCAAUUUGCUAAGUGUGGAUAGAUUUUUGACAAAGUAAAGGUUGAGGAGCUGGAGGAAAGACAAUAGAGUUUGAGAAAUUGAUAGAAGAGAAGAAAUAAAGAUGAUGCAGGAGACCAACAAGAACGUGUGUAACACACAUGACAAACUGCUUAUUGUUAUGUUUAUUUUCUUACAAAUUGCAAUUAGUAUCUAUAUAUAUAAAGGGGGGUUUUCUCUCACCUCCUGCUGCCACGUCAUCACUGAGAGUGGGGCUUUUUUCGCCACGUCAGCUCCCUCUUUUCUCGAAUCAAUUCCGCGAAGCCAAAAACAUCUGGGCUUACGGGCUUAUUUUCUCUAAGUGUUUUUUGUACUAGGCUUAUCUUCCAAUCAAAUGAAGUCCAUAUGCAGAGUCUGAGUGUUUAUUAUUUUUGUAAACUCAGCUGCAUCAAACACCCCUAAUCGUCGUCUAAGUUCUUUAUCUCUUCAUAUCACCUGAGAACAAAAACUAGAAACGUUACUGAAUCAGUCUGGAUCAAGAGUCUUCUUUGCGAUGAUUAUAUCUUUAAAUUGUGUAUCAGCUUCCGCUGAGAAAAUCUGGUGUCGACCAAAAGCUGGUUCUCUGACUCAACAUUGAAAAGCUGACAAAUCAAGUAAGCUGGUUAGAAGUUUCUCCAUCGAUUUUCAAGCUCUCAGUGGAUUGGAUUUCUGCAGAGACAAUAAAAGACUCUGGCGCCGGAUUGUAGUCCGCACAUACCAAUUGGAGACGAUUAUUUAUGGAAGCAGUUAAGAACCAUACCAAACAUCAAUGUGUAUUAUCAAACAGGUUUUGGAACAGCAGCUCCCAAGCUGGUCAUCAGUGAAGAAGAAUAUGAUCGAAUCAAACAAGUCUUAUUCAUUUACCUAAGAAACUGUUAACAAAGGAGGCCCUAACAGAUUGAUCCAAGAGAUCAGCACUAGAGAAAACGAUGAGAAUGCAAAUCGUAACAUCGCCAAUAUGGAGAAGAUCCACCGUAAGGAAAUAGAGAAACCAGUCGUGAGUCACGUAGUUGCUCUAUGCAGUGGUGCUGUCGGUGUUGAUGCUACUGCUUUGUCACUUCAGAAAAGCAUGUACUCAACCAGUCGUGUCACGUAGUUGCACUCUUCAGAAAAGCAUGUACUCAAUUAUACCUCUCUCUUAACUGAUCCAUUGCUCAGCAACUACAACACAUUGGAUCUCCUUGGAGACCCUAUUCUGUGGACACCGUUCCUUCCACCAGAAUCUUCUUAUACUUCAGAGGUGGCAAAGACAGAGACGAGCUGUUCCACAUAUAGCUACCUUCCACAGGAGAAGUGAGCUAUUCCCUUUAGAUGUUGAUGAUUCUCCUUAUCGUGAGAUGGAUUGUCAGUGAAACUGCUGAAGUCGAACCAACUCCAUAAGAUACAAAGAUGGACCAAGGAGAGGAAUAAACUGCAGAAAGUAACUUCAGGACCACUGUGUCUUCUUUGUAUUUGUUUUUGUUUAAGUAUUUUGGCAAGAUAAAAGCAAUUUAAUACGUUUCCAUGUGUUCUACCGCAGACAAAGAAGUUUCAAUAUUAUGGCAGAGGGCCUUGAGAACAAUAAUGUUACUUUUGAGGAGGUAGACUAUAUGCAGUUUUGGUAUUCA